AUGUCCGUAGCCUCGAUUCCCGAUACCUCGCUUGGUCUCACUUCCUCCGAGAUCCAGAUCCUCCGGCAGCAGCAGCAGAUUGCUCUUCAAGGUGGCCAUACCGGUAAUGGGAUUGCCAGGGGCAGAGGGACUGGCCGUACUAGCAACUCCAGCUCGCGCGCGGCCAGCGCUGCCAGUAGCCAUGGCCGUUUGCUGCUGGAUCCUAUGAGUCUUCGAGCGCUUUCGCAUCAGUUAGACGCGUUACAACAGCAGAUUCAGAAUCGCAUCGAAUAUCUAGAGGAUCAAAUGCAACUCUCUAUUCAAAACACCUAUGACCGCGCAGGAAACGUCAUUCACAAUGCGGACGCCGAGAUCGCGCGUACUCGUUCCAUCUUAGCCUCGAUUGACGACUUGGAGACCGAACUCACAAAGAUCGGACAUAUCAGAGAAAUUGUGAAAGCCUAUCGUAGCCGAAUAGAAGGCUUAGAUCAGCGCCUUGACCAAGCUGCUCGCCGACGA